CCCACAUCAUCAUUAUUGUAAGGUUACGUUACAUUUUCAAAAUGGCUUUGGCCGUUUCGCUGCGCAGAGCUCUGCUAAUGCUCCUCACCGCCACAAUAUUCGUUUUAAUGGUCCUGUAUUGGAAUCAGGGUGGCAUCAAACCUCAAUCCUAUAUCAACACAUAUGAGAAAUCUGUCGGCAGUCGGGAGGCGUUAAGUGAAUUCCCCAUACCCGUCGAGAAAAUCUGGACCUACAAAUGUGAGGGUGACAAAUGUGUGCGCUAUCACUAUUUAACCUUGGCCAAGGGCGAGAAACGAGUGCCUUUUAUGACCUGUUCGAUGACAUGUGGUGACAUCAACAUUUGGCCACAUCCCACCAUUAAAUCCGGCGUCAGUUCGAAGUCCCUAACAUUUUCUAUGGAAGCGAUAGAAUUGCGUAUGGACACACCCUAUCCUCAGGUCGAGACACAAUUCCGACAAUCCUUUGAAUUGUUUCUCAAAGAUUUGCGACGAAUACAAAGACUUGAUUUUCGAGAUCCAAAUGAUGAGAGUGCAGCUGCAGCAGUACCAGUUGCUGGCGCCGUUUCGGGAAAUUCCGAUACAGCCAAGGUGGAUGAUUCUGAUCUUCGUAAUGAUCACAAUAAGAAACAUCAUAAAAGACGUUAUGCCGAUGCGGGGCAAAGUGAAUCGCAUCGAUUGCGAACCGAAAAUUUGGGAGCUGCCUCGAUAUUGGUCAAUGCAUUUGGUGGCGGCGGAUCAUCGAGAAGACGCUGUGAUAUAGAAACAUUUACGAUAAAUGUUAGCGUACAUAAAUUUUCCGAUUUGCAUUUAAAUUUUGAGACCGAUGAAAGUUAUCGGCUGACCGGAGGAUUUGAAAAUGGCCACUACAAGGUCCAAAUAGCUGCCAACUCCUUCUUUGGGGCCCGCCACGGUUUAUCCACCCUCGAACAAUUGAUAUGGUACGAUGACGAGGAUAAUGUCUUGCGUACCCUCUCCAAAGCGAUAAUUAUUGAUGCGCCGAAAUUUAGAUAUCGUGGCUUGAUGUUAGAUACAUCCCGUCAUUUCUUUUCCGUCGAUUCGAUUAAACGAACCAUUGCCGGAAUGUCACAUGCCAAGUUGAAUCGUUUCCAUUGGCAUAUCACCGAUUCGCAAAGUUUCCCCUAUGUUUCGAAACACUAUCCAGAAUUGGCAGCACAUGGUGCUUAUUCGGAACGUGAAACCUAUACCGAUGAAGAUGUUCGUGAUAUUGUAGCCUAUGCUAAGCUGCAUGGCAUUCAGGUUAUACCGGAAAUAGAUGCUCCCGCCCAUGCUGGCAAUGGUUGGGAUUGGGGUCCCAAGCGUGGUAUGGGUGAAUUGAGUUUGUGUAUCAAUCAGCAGCCAUGGAGUUUUUAUUGUGGUGAACCACCGUGCGGUCAAUUGAAUCCGAAAAAUAAUCACACAUAUUUGAUCCUGCAGAGGUUAUAUGAGGAAUUAUUAAAUUCCACCGGGCCAACGGACUAUUUUCAUUUGGGCGGCGAUGAGGUGAAUUUGGAAUGUUGGGCCCAGUAUUUCAAUGAUACCGAUUUGCGGGGCCUAUGGUGUGAUUUUAUGAUGAAUGCCAUGGCGAGACUAAAAAUAGCUAACAACAAUGUGGAACCGAAAUAUGUCACCGUGUGGUCCAGUGGCCUAACCAACACCCGUUGUCUUCCAAAAUCACAAUUUGCCGUACAGGUUUGGGGUGGCAGUACGUGGCAGGAGAACUAUGAUCUACUGGAUAAUGGCUUCAAUGUGAUAUUCUCACAUGUGGAUGCCUGGUAUUUGGAUUGUGGUUUUGGUAAUUGGAGAGCCACAGGUGAUGCAGCCUGUUCACCCUAUCGAACGUGGCAAAAUGUCUACAAACAUCGUCCGUGGGAACGUAUGCGUUUAGAUAAGACCCGGAGAAAACAGGUCUUGGGUGGUGAAGUUUGCCUUUGGACCGAGCAGGUUGAUGAAGAGCAAUUGGACAAUCGGUUAUGGCCGCGAGCAUCGGCAUUGGGUGAAAGAUUAUGGUCAGAUCCUGAUGAUGUAUCCGACAUGGAUACUGUACCGCAGGAGGUUUUCAAACGUAUGUCCGUUUUUCGUACACGUCUCGUUGAAUUGGGCCUUAAAGCCGAACCAAUCUUUCCCAAAUACUGUGCUCAAAAUCCUGGCGAAUGUAUUUGAUAUUUUCUUUAAAUAUCAACGAUA